AUGGCUGCGACGCGAGUACACGAAGCGAUUCAGCGGUUCCUGCAGCGCGCGUUGUUCCCGAGACUGCAGACCCCGUCCCCGAUCGUAUCUCCAUUGGCACUGAACAAUGCGUCGUCUGCGCUGUCUUCUAACGGGCUACACGACUUCAUCUGGCUCGCUGCGCCUAAAUCAAAGGUGACACCGUCACGCAAGCGGAUUCGGAACAAUGACUUGAGCAAGCGACUAAAGAACAUUGUGCACUUCCAAGUCUGUUCCAUGUGUGGGGAAAAGAAGCUGCGUCAUCGUUUGUGCAUGAGCUGCUACAAGCAGGGCAAGUACUUUGUGUAA